AUGGUUGAAGAAGAGGAAAUUUGGGGGGAUGUUGAUGAUGAUACAAAAGGGGGCAACGUGGAUGACGAAGCCAAGGGGGCUGUAUUUUGCGUUAGUGCUGAUAGGGAUGGCGGUAAGGGAGAGACGACAGAAGAGCCGACAGGUAUUGAAGAGGCGCCGAGGGGUAUUGAAGUAGAAGAGGACUGUAAUGGAGCUGCAGAUCCCGCCGACCCAGACGGAGAUGGUCCAGAUGGAGAGGAGACUCCAGUAGACGUGAAAGCUGGGCCUCCUACUAUUGCCGAUGAAGAUGGCUGCGAAGGAAAGACUCCUGGUAUUAAAGAUGAAGCAGGCGGCGCCGGUGCUGAUGAUGACAAUGAUGAGGCUGUACUUCCCGCUCCAACUAUUGCUGAUGGUGGUGGGCCUGAUGGAAUCAGGUUGCUGUUGGGUGCAGCCCCGCUUCCAGUGGCAGUACUAGAAGACGAUGGUACUGACAAAGCAGCUGACGAAGGUAAGGUGGCGACGGAAGCUAUUGAACUCCCUGUAAUGGUCGAGGAGGAGAUUCCAAGAGUCAAUUCCGUUCCCGCGGAUAAUGAAGAAGAUGAACUAGAGGAGGAUACAGACGGUAAAGAGGAUGCGGAGGCCGACGAUAGGGCAGCCACUAAAGAUGACAGAGGUACUGAAGAGGGUAGGGGUGGUGAAGAGGAUAAGGGUAGUGAGGCGGAUAGUGGUGUUGAAGAUGAUAAUGGUGUUGGAGACGAUAAGAUCGUAGAGGAGGAGAUGGUGGCUGGAGAGGAUGCAAGCGCUGAAGAAGAUAGGGGAUUCAAGGCGGAUAAGGGGGAUGAAGGGGACACAGACGCUGAAGAGAAUGCGAACGCAGAGGAGGACACGGGCGCUGAAGACGAUGCGGGUGUCAAUGAUGAGCUGGCUGCUAAAGAAGAUAAAGGUGCCGAAGGGGAUAAAAGCGCUGAAGACGAUAAGGGGUUCAAGGCGGAUAAGGGGACUGAAAGGGAUACAGACGCUGAAAAGGACACGAGCGCUGAAGGGGACGCAGGCGUUGAAGAGGACGCGAGUGUCAAUGAUGAGAUAGCCGCUAAAGACGACAGAGGUGCCGAAGAGGAUAAAAGCGCUGAAGGGGACGCGAGCGCUGAAGAGGCCAAGAGUGUUGAAAGGGAGGGGGGAAUCGAGGAGAAUAGGGACGGUGAAGAGGAUGAGGGGACUGGAGAGGACACGAGCGCUGAAGAGAGCACCAGCGUUGAAGAGGGCGCAGGCACUGGAGAGGAGCCACCACUGGACGAUACCACAACAACUCCUGACAAAGCACUCGACCCAAGCGCAGACACCUGA